CAAAAAUCUAGUGUGCGGCUUUCACUGACUGUGACACAGGAACGUCCUUCCCUACUGCCGCCUUGGAUGCCCACGGGCAAUAAAACUGCAUCCAUCCACUGGACUAGUGUGGAGCACAAGGUCAGGAGUGAAUGAGGACAGACACGGUUCAUCAGCAAGCCCUGAGCUGGCUGAUCUCAGAGCAGAGAGGAAACUUCAUUUAGGGUGAAUGUGAGGGAGCUCUGGGGAACUGCGGCCUGAAGGCAUUUCGAUUUCUGAGAUGUCAGUCAAACGAGCAGAAGGGAUGUCCAUCGCCCAGGCUUUGGCCAUGACUGUAGCGGAGAUACCAGUCUUUCUCUAUUCCACAUUUGGGCAGUCCAUAUUUUCUCAGCUAAAACUCACCCCAAACUUGAAGAAGGUGCUCUUUGCCACAGCACUGGGCAGUGUAGCUCUGGCUCUCACCGCUCAUCAGCUCAAAAGGCGGGGGAGAAAAAGGAAGCAGGCAACACAAGGGAAGGAGGGCCAGAAGACAGUGGGAAUACCUGAGGCGCUGAUGAAGACAGGAAGACCCUCUUCGUUGAAAAGAGGGCCAUUUACUGGACGACAGAUGAUGAGUCCGAGCACCAGGAGCAAUGACACCAUGAGUGGAAUUUCUUCACUGGCUCCCAGUAAACACUCAAGUUCCUCACACAGCCUGGCAUCAAUGCGGGUACCAAACUCCCCAAAUCAGUCUGCCAAUCCAUCCACCCCCUGGGAAGCAGAGCCUGUGGUGGAGGAGUCAGGGGCAGUAGAGGAUGCUAAUGCAGAGAAUCUGUAUUUAAUGGGGAUGGAACUGUUUGAGGAAGCUCUGCGAAAGUGGGAACAGGCCUUGAAUAUUCGCCAUCACUCCCGCUCGACCUCCAGCAACAACAGCCUCGCUCUGCAGGGGGCAACGUGUGGAGACUUUCCCAUGGUUGAAACUCGUAAUAAAGUGUUUGCUGAGAAGUUAGAGACACUGCUGCACAGGGCAUACCACCUACAAGAGGAUUUUGGCAGCAGUAUCCCAACAGACAGCGUGCUGGCAGACUUUGAGAGUGAAGGAACUCUUAUCUUGCCUCAAGUUGAGAGUUUCCACAGACUGCAAGACGAUGAUGUGACUACUGUUACCUCUGACGACUCCUUCUUCUCGGCUGCAGAGCUGUUUGAUGCCAUGGCUCUAGAAGAAGUCUACCAGCCACUUAGGCCAGCAGCUCUUUAUGAAGAAGCCUUGUCUCAGGUCCGGGAAGCCAAAGUGGCCUAUAGGUCCCUGAGGACUGAAUUACUUGAAUGUUAUGGUGAUCAAGACUUCCUUGCCAAACUUCACUGUGUGAGACAAGCAUUCCAGGUCCUGUUGCUAGAUGAAACUCAUCGCACAUUUUUCAUGGAGACCGGGAAGCAAAUGAUUACAGGGUUAAUGGUAAAGGCAAACAAGAGUCCCAAAGCCUUCCUAGAGAGCUACGAGGACAUGCUGCUUUACACUCAGAGAGAGGAAACGUGGCCCAUCACUAAGAUGGAGCUGGAGGGCCGAGGGGUGGUGUGUAUGAACUUUUUCGACGUAGUGUUGGACUUCAUCCUGAUGGAUGCAUUUGAGGACCUGGAGAGCCCUCCCUCCUCUGUGGUGGCUGUGUUGAGGAAUCGCUGGCUCUCUGACAGCUUCAAAGAGACGGCUCUGGCGACUGCUUGCUGGUCUGUCCUAAAAGCAAAGAGGCGUCUGCUCAUGGUUCCUGAUGGUUUUAUCUCCCACUUCUACGCCAUAUCAGAACAUGUGAGCCCAGUUUUAGCGUUUGGGUUUUUGGGACCCAGGCAGCACCUAAGUGAAGUUUGCACCAUCUUCAAGCAACAAAUUGUGCAGUACCUUAAGGAUAUGUUUGAUCACGACAAGGUCCGCUUCACCUCUGCUCAGUGCUUGGCUGAGGACAUCCUGAACCUAUCCCACCGCCGGAGCGAGAUUUUACUGGGGUAUCUGGGAAUUGAUAGCCUUCUGGAGCUCAACGGUGCCCUGCCCAGAGACACGGAGGGCUCCUCAGGGCCCAACUAAGAUGACUAGCAUCACUAAAGACUUCAUGGGGGCUUGUGCAGGCCAAAUGCAAUGGGCUAACCAGUAAGGAACGGCAAGGAGUCACAGCUCGACACUAACUCUGUACCUGCAUUAAGACUGCAUUGCAUCGUGCUCCCGUGAUAUACUGUGAACCAGAAUUAAUCAUUCAUUCAUCUGUGUUCAUCAAACACAACUACUGUAAGAGGAUAUAUUUUCACUAGAUCUAAAGUAUCACUGGUACUAAUGGGGGAGACUGGCUGGAUCAUGUGAUUCUACCUCUCCCUUGUUAUCCGCUGCUGUGUUGUGUAUCGACGAUGCCUACUGUAGUCGUGUAAUCUCAGACGUGUGAGGACCCGUCUCUGCCUUGUUGGGUGAUAAGGAUACUUCUUAAAAACACACCUGACAGAAGCGCUCCGAACACACGAAGACUGGGCCUUCUACACUACUACUCCACAUGGAGCGAGUGUCUUCAGAGGACAAGUGGUUGUAUUGUAACCUUCCAUUCAUCUGAGUGGUGAAGUCAGAUGGGGAUAUCAUAGUCUUCAUUAUUAUGUGAAAAGAAAUGGCGUGAGUCUGUUGAUAUUUUUUGUUUUAUAUUAAAGGGGCAAGGAUAUUUGUUAAAUCCAUGAUAAUUCCUGACAACCUUGGCCAGCUGAAGAUUUAUGCUGCGUGACAAAAGACGUAAUGAAUUUGUCUCCUCACUGAUGAAAUGUAAAUCCUCUUUAAUUUGAAGAAGUAUUUAUUCCAGUUUGGUCUAAUCAAGCAGGCUAACGUGACAUAUCAAAGAGACUGUAUUAAAUGCAAAAAGACAUCAUGUAAAAUUAGUGUAGGGUGCUAACAUGUUAAUUAUAUAGAAAUAAGAUUAUGCCUGAGCUAUAUCCCGACCCCAAACCGUCCGUCUCAUACAGUCUUCUCAGCCAGAGUGGACAUAGCAGUGAUCCAGCUAAGGUGCAUAUGGUCGAGUUUUACUUUCUCUGGGCCACAGUGAUCACUCAGAUUUUACCUCGCGAUAAAUAACAUGAAUAUAGUCCAUUUUUAAAUGGCACCGAGGUGCAAAGAACUGCAAAUAACACAAAGUAUGAAAAUGUCUGUUUUCAUAGGAUUAUUGCCAGUUUAGAGGGUGUAACAGAAAUCAGAUAUCUUGAACAAUGUCUGCUCUCAGGGAGUAACGUGAAAUCAAUAUUAGGUGAUGCAUUAUGUUUUUCAAAUUCUUACUGUUAAUCAGUUUAUUAAUUGGUUGAGCCACUUGAAUUGCCUCCAGAUAUUUGGGCCAAAUUUGUACAAUUAUUUUAGUUUGAUUCAAACGAAUACAAAAUAAUUAAGAUAGUGAAAUUGUUUAAGGCAAAAGUAUCUAAACGUAAGUUACAUGGACAUGAAAUCUGUGUUGUCAAUGUUGUUUGGAACAGAAGUACUCAGUGAGUGUGAUUGUUAUUCAACUCUUGGGGGUUACUUGCUGUAAAUGAGUAUAAAAUAAGUGGAUUAGAAAGAAAAUCUGCUCGUUUCUCAAUAGGUCUUAUUUUUCACAACAGACAUUUGUCAUAGAAGGAAAAGCACAAGUGUUAACUAAUAACAUUAUCGAAGGUUACUUAAUAUAUUUCCUCAAGUAUUGUACUUCAAUACAACUUUGAGGUAAUUGUAUUGUAUUUGAGUUUUUUCCCUUUCAUUCUACUUCAUACUUCUACUUUUUUACUCCACUACAUUUGUUUGGCAGCUAUAGUUAUUAAAUAGUGACUUCGCAGUAUGAAAAUUUUAAUCCGAAACUUGUGAUCUGCCUCUGAAAUAUAAUUCACUGUUCAGUGCACAAAAUGUCCUUCUAAUGAAAUCAUUUUAGUCCUUUAAGUCUUAUUUCCUUGAAAGAAAUCGAACAGUGCUCUAAGAAUAUUCCAACAUAUUUUCAAUGUAGUUUCAAGGAUUUUUUUUAAAACAGGUUCAUUUUUAAUGUUUUGUGCAGCAACCUGCCUCACUCUGCCUGGUUACAGACUCCCUUUUUACUUGUUUUAAGAAAAUAUCAGUACUGCUGAUCAGUAAUAAUAAUAUAAUAUAAUAAAGGGUAUGUGUAAUACAAAACCAUUAAAGGAGCCCUUUUCCUGCAUAAUCACUACUUUUACUUACAUUUUACUUUAGUUUUUGUAUGUUGCAUUUAAAUUGUGGUAUUGCUACUUUUAUUUCAGUAAAGGAGUAAUUCUUCCACAGUUGCAUGACAGUGUGACAGCGAGUCCGCACGCACAACGCCAGGACCCUGAAACUGAAGCAGCUAAAUUGAACUCGGCUAUCAUUGAUUUUAUUAUUUACACCUGUGCUUUUCCUCCUGUGUCAAAAGGCCAAUGCUCACGGCUGUAACAAAGUGCAGACAGUGAAUACAAUCUAACACCCUCAGAGACUUUGUAAAAAAAAAAAAAAAAAAAAGUUAAAAAAAAAGUCAGCCUCAGUGUGAUAAUUGAUCAGAAACACAUUUCAUCACUUUCAUCACUUUACACUGCGAUGUGUCACUUGCUUUCCUCCCUGCCCAUUUUAAAAUUGACACAACUGAGUAAAACAGUGCCAUCUACAGUAUUAAUCAUAGCAAAGAUGUUGUUUUUGUUUCUGAUUCCAUGACUACCGGUAAUGAAGAAGCGGCAUUGUACAGUCAGACUGAAACUUACACAAGUGCACUGAAGAUAACCCCUGAGUUCUCUUUGUUUUCCCAAUACUGUGAGCUUGUUGGAGCAGAGAGACACUGAAGGGGCACUAAGAUGCCAAGUUAAUAAGAGUUUUACUCUGCGAUCCUAACAUGGAUAACUCCACUACUGUAAAGGUAGAUUUGUGUUAUGCAAACUGUAGCUUAUUUUUGUUUAGGAAACUGUCAAAAACUAAAUUAUCAUAAUGAAAUAUGAUAAAAAAAGAUUAAUUAUAAAUGGCAGUAGAAGCACAGUGUGUAUGUUUGUGGUUGCCUACAAAAUUUCUUGUCUGAUCAUUCUGUGUUUCAUAGUUCUUAGGGAAUAGUUUAUCAUACAAAUUAAGAGAAUUCAGCUCUUUUGUCAUUCAUAAUCAUUUAAAUGUAAAAUGGUCUUGAUGUGAAUCCUGCUCUUGUUGCAACACGCCUCUGACAGUCAGAGCUCUUACAUGCUGCAAUGCAGUACCUGUGUCAAGAGUCUGCAUUGUUGGGUUAUUUCUGUUUCUGUCAAACAUGGACCAGAACAUCCAACUGUAAAUAGUCUUUACAGAAAAUAAUUUAGUUCCUUGUUCUGGCAGAUGUGCAGCUUUGUGUUUUUAAGCAUUUUGCACUUUAUUAGAAAAACAGAAAGAUACAGGAAUGUCCCACAACUCUUAUAUAAACUAUUGAAUUAUUACAUCAUAGAACAGACAUACUAUUGAUAACAUAGAACAUACAUGCUGUAUAGUAAAGAAACUAUAUUUCCCAGAAAACUAUAUUAUAGAAAGUGUUUAUUCAGGUUAUUGUCAUGUUUUUGUUUUAGUCUCCAUGCUGAAUGUUCUCCAAUUUUAACUUUUGACUGCGUGUGGUCCAAUCCCUGAUGAACUGCUUUAAAAACCAUUUCCUCACUUGUUUUAGUCCUGUUAUUGUAGAGUAUCAGCAGUAUGUAUCAUGCAGGUAAAAAUGCAAUUAUGGAAAAAUGCUCAUGUUAUUAAGAUAUGUAGUCUUGUGAUCUUUAAAAGAUUGGUCUGCUUUUUUCCGUGCAACGAGAGUAGAUGAUCAGAGAUUUAUUCCUCCAGCAGCCUUUGCAUGUUAACAGUGUAAAUGCAUCGAUCAAUGUAUUCCUGCAACAUUUAGAACCAGGCUCAGCCCUAGUUAUUGUUAUUGUUAGGUUUAAAAAUCCCAUUUAGAAAUAAGCUGAAGAAAGUGUUUAGGAACUUAUAAUCAUUUGAAAGUCAAAAUGCAGGCAUGGACUCUCCUUCUUAGCAUACAUUCAAUGGAUUAUAGAGUUUUUCAAGGAUUUCAGAUGGCCAAAAUAUGGAAUGUCAUUUUUUUUUGUUUGUUUGUUUGAAAGUCACUGCUGUACAUUACAAGUGUCCUAUUCAUGCCUUUUGUCUUUUCUAUUGUUAAAUUACAAUGCCAGCACAAACUGUAAAUCAAUUUUGAUUCUCCAUAU